UUCAUUUGAUACGAAGAACGAGCCCCUGACUCUGAUUAUUUAAAGUCCCAAAAUACUGUUUCCUAUUGGUGGAUGCUGGUGUCAAUAAUCCAGCAAAGUGGGUGGGACUAGCGGAAAAUGGCGACCUUAUCUGUCGGAGAACCUCAAGAGAUGGAAGUGGAUAGGAGAGGUGAGUCUGAAGAAUCUGGUGAUGAUGAGACCAAAAGAAAGAGCCUCAAUGGAGAGAUUGAAUCCCUACAAGCCCCUUCAACUGUACCAGAGGAGUCACCGGUUGACAUGGACACCAUAAGCUUAGACCCAGAUGAAGAGGAUGUGGAUCUGGUUCACUGUAGAAUUGGGAAGAUUGAAGGUCUAGAGGUUCUUAAGAAAGCAAAGACAAUUUCGCUCAGACAAAACCUCAUCAAAUGCAUGGAGAACUUGGAAACCCUUGGUUCAUUAAUAGAACUGGACCUUUAUGACAACCAGAUUCGCAAACUAGAGAAGCUUGAGGCCCUAACAGAGCUCGAGCAGCUAGAUGUAUCAUUCAACAUGCUGAGGAAAAUUGAGGGAUUGGACCGUCUCACGAAAAUCAAGAAGCUGUUCCUGCUUCAUAAUAAGAUUGCAAGCAUAGCCAACCUCGAUCAUCUGACUAGCCUUCAAAUGCUCGAGCUGGGCUCUAACCGUAUCAGGGUUAUUGAAAAUCUGGAUUCUCUUAGUUCCUUGGAGAGUUUGUUUCUUGGCACAAAUAAAAUCACUCGGCUACAGAACCUUGAUGGACUGCACAAUCUGAUGGUUCUCAGUAUUCAGAGUAACCGCAUCACAAAGUUAGAGGGACUCCAGAAUCUUGUGAAUCUGCGAGAGCUUUACUUGAGUCAUAACGGCAUUGAAGUCAUAGAGGGGCUGGAGAACAAUAAAAAGCUGACAACUUUGGAUAUUGCUGCAAACAGGAUAAAAAAGAUUGAAAAUAUUAACCACUUGACGGACUUAAAAGAAUUUUGGAUGAAUGACAACCAGAUUGAUAACUGGUCAGACCUGGAUGAACUCAAGAAUGCCAAAGGUCUAGAGACUAUCUAUCUGGAGAGAAACCCCCUGCAGAAGGACCCUCAAUAUAGACGCAAGAUCAUGCUGGCACUGCCCAGUGUCAGGCAGAUCGAUGCCACCUUCAUCCGUUUCUGACCAUCCACUUCACCAGCCCUUGUGCACUCCCUCACUAUCAUCUGCACAUUAGAAACACAUCAUCACUAUCUUUCCCUAUUUAUCGCUUUUAAUUGUUUUUUUUUAAAUAAAUCCACUCCCCGUGUUGCCAUUCCAUGUGCUGGCACCGUUUACUUACAAAAAGACUGUACCUAUGCCAUGACUUAUGCUAUAGCGUGAAUGAAUCCUUGUUGAUUUGACCCUAUCAAGAAAAAGCAACUUCAGGAGUUUGGGAAAUUUUUACCCUUACAGACUUAUCAUUGUGGUUAGGUAAUAAUUGCAUUGUAACUGACCCUUGUUCAAUUUCACCCUUUAUGGUUAACAUCAAUGCAAAUUUACAGUUAGUGUAUUAUGUGGUAAAAAGGUCAGUGUUAACUUUCUAUUCAGGUACUGAAGAUAACAAUUCUCUGAAAUCUGGUUUAGCACUGCACACAACAUGGACUGCUCUCUUGAGUAAUAUAUAGGCAGGCUGUAAUGGAUGAAACUUGCAUAUCAGUUCUUGAUAUAUAUCGAGAUAUAUUGUAUAUUUAAAAAAAAAAUGCUGAAACACUGCUGCAUAGAAAAAAGAAAGAAACGCUUUUUAAGUUUUUUAGCAGAACAGCCAUUUUUUUGUUAUGACCCUUGAAUCACUCUUUUCAUUAAAAUUACAUUUUAACAGAUUAAGUCCGUUUGAAGAACAAAUAUCACACCACAACAUCUAGAGCCAUUUUAGACCAAGUCUUAAUAUCUACAGUCAAGGGCGAAGUUAUGUCAGGAGGUCAGUAUUUUUGUUAAUUUUCUGACUUAUUUUUUAACCUUUUUUUGUUUUUGGGCAAAUCUAAAAAGGUCUAUACACACACUUAUCGAAAAACUGUUGUGACUGGCAGUUAGGCCAUUCAUACUUCGUUGCAUUUUACAUAGAGGGUCAUCUAAAUUUCACUUUGCCAUUACUAUAUACUAUAAAUGGGAUAAACAGUCCCAUUUAAAGGGGUGAACAAAAGCGUAGGAUUUCUUAUCAUUUGCUUGUAUUUUCAUUCACUUUUGCAUGCUUUAUUGACUGUUUCUUGAAUGUACAAUAAAUAAAACAAAAUUUACAGA